GAUCUAUAGUUCUAUCUGUAUCUCUAUCGGUCUCUUUUUCAGUACACCGAAGUUGUGGGCGUUUGGCGCCAUUUUUGUUUGCUCUUUAGGUUUCCAAGUUGCAGAAGAAGAGACAGAAGGAUUAACAGAAAUGGUCGCUCCAAAGCUGCUUCUAUCGACCAUUGAGUCUGCACUCCUCGGCCCAUCGCCUCCAACCCCUAGCCAGAGGAUCGAGCUCAUGCAUGCUAUUCGAAACUCUGUAUCCUCUUUCCAGUCACUCCUCUCUUUUCCGCCUCCAAAUGCGUCGGAUCGUUCACAAGUUCAGUCGAAAGAAGUCAGACUUCCUGAUUCGCAACCAAUCACGCUUGAUGACCAAGACGUUCAGAUUGCUCUGAAGUUGAGUGAUGAUCUACAUCUUAAUGAAGUAGACAGUGUUCGGUUGCUUAUAUCUGCCAACCAAGAGUGGGGUUUAUUAGGGAGAGAGCCAUUGGAAGUUUUGCGACUUGCAGCAGGACUUUGGUACACAGAGAGAAGAGAUUUGAUAACAGCACUCUACACUCUUUUACGGGCUGUUGUCCUUGACCAGGGACUUGAAGCUGAUCUUGUUGCUGACAUUCAGCAAUAUCUGGAAGAUCUCAUAAAUGCUGGGCUCAGACAGCGUUUAGUUUCUCUAAUAAAGGAGCUCAAUCGGGAAGAACCGGCUGGUUUGGGUGGGCCUCAUGUGGAGCGCUAUGUUCUGGAUUCUAAAGGUGCUCUUGUGGAACGGCGGGCUGUAGUUUGGCGGGAGAGGCUUAUCCUCGGCCAUUGCCUUGUUCUAUCUGUCUUAGUUGUGCGGAUAAGACCAAAAGAUGUGAAGGAUGUCUUCUCUGCUUUGAAAGAUGGUUCUGCUGAGGUUAAUGAUAGCAGUACCACUGUAAAGCUUCAGGUUGCUUUCAGUCUUCUGUUUUCUCUUGUUAUCGGUUUGAUAUCAGAUGCACUAAGCUCAGUUCCAGAUAGAGCUUCUGUCCUGUCCCGUGAUGCUACUUUCAGACGUGAAUUUCAGGAACUUGUGAUCUCUACUGGAACUGAUCCAAAUGUUGAGGGGUUCGUUGAUGGAGUAAGAUUUGCAUGGACUGUACAUUUGAUGUUAACACAAGAUGGAAUUAUUGCAAGGGAAACAGUUUCAGGUGGUUCAUCCGGUGACUUGGGAAAUCUGUAUUCUUGCUUGGAUAUCAUUUGCUCAAACAAUGUUUUCCAGUUUCUUCUGGAUAAAAUUCUCCGAACAGCAGCCUAUCAGAAUGAUGAUGAGGAUAUGAUCUAUAUGUACAAUGCUUAUCUUCACAAACUGAUGACAUGCUUCCUUUCUCAUCAGCUUGCUAGAGACAAGGUGAAAGAAAUGAAGGAGCAGGCUAUGAGUGCACUCAGCCCUUACCUCGUGGCUGGAUCACAUGAUCUCAGACAUGGCAUUGAUGCGAAUUCUCAAGAGACCAUUGAAAGUAGUCCCCAACCAUUUGUCUCUCUUUUGGAAUUGGUUAGCGAAAUCUAUCAGAAGGAACCGGAGCUAUUGUCCGGCAAUGAAGUCUUGUGGACAUUCGUAAACUUUGCUGGAGAGGAUCAUACUAAUUUUCAAACGCUUGUGGGUUUCUUGAAAAUGCUCAGUGCCUUGGCUUCCACUCAGGAGGGUGCUUCCAAAGUUUAUGAGCUACUGCAGGGUAAAACCUUCCGCUCUGUUGGUUGGAGUACUCUGUUUGAUUGUUUGUCGAUUUAUGAACAGAAGUUCAAACAAUCCCUUCAAAGUACUGGAGCUGUAUUACCCGAGUUUCAGGAGGGUGACGCAAGAGCACUUGUUGCUUAUUUGAACGUUCUUCAAAAGGUUGUGGAAAAUGGGAACCCCAUUGAACGGAAGAACUGGUUUCCAGAUAUUGAACCCUUAUUCAAGCUUCUUAGUUAUGAGAAUGUGCCUCCUUAUGUGAAGGGCGCACUGCGGAAUGCCAUAGCUGCUUUCAUUCAAGUCUCUCCUGGCAUGAAGGAUACUAUUUGGAGUUACCUUGAGCAGUAUGAUCUACCAGUGGUUGUUGGCCCUUCUGUCUUAAAUGGUGCACAGCAAGUGGCUAUGCAGGUCUAUGAUAUGCGAUUUGAGUUAAAUGAAGUAGAAGCAAGGAGAGAGAGAUACCCGUCCACUAUAUCUUUCCUAAAUUUGUUAAAUGCUCUUAUUGCAGAAGAAAGAGAUCUAAGUGAUAGAGGCCGAAGAUUUGUGGGCAUCUUUAGGUUUGUGUAUGAUCAUGUGUUUGGACCUUUUCCUCAAAGAGCAUAUGCAGGUCCUAGUGAAAAAUGGCAGUUGGUUGUUGCUUGCCUGCAGCACUUUCGAAUAAUUCUGGGCAUGUACGAUAUUAAGGAUGAGGAUGUAGAUGCUGUUGUUGACCGAUCCCAGCCUCCAACGGUGUCGCAAUCUGCCCCACUUGAAAUGCAGCUACCUGUUGUAGAGUUGCUGAAAGAUUUCAUGAGUGGCAAAACUGUUUUCCGCAAUGUCAUGGGCAUUCUCUUGCCAGGAGUCAAUUCCAUCAUUAGUGACCGAACUGGUAAAAUAUAUGGUCAACUUCUGGAAAAGGCAGUUCAUCUCUCUUUGGAAAUCAUAAUCCUUGUUUUUGCGAAGGAUUUAUUUCUCGCUGAUUACUGGCGCCCUUUAUACCAGCCUUUGGACAUCAUACUCUCUCAGGAUCAGAGCCAAAUAGUGACUUUAUUGGAGUAUGUAAGAUAUGAUUUUCAUCCACAGAUUCAGCAAUGUUCUAUUAAGAUGAUGAGUAUUCUAAGUUCUCGCAUGGUUGGGCUAGUGCAGUUAUUGCUAAAAUCAAAUGCUGCUAACAGUCUGGUUGAGGAUUAUGCUGCUUGCCUAGAAUUUCGUUCAGAAGAGUGCCAGGUCAUAGAGAACUCCAGAGAUGAUGCUGGUGUUCUUAUAAUACAGCUUCUCAUUGAUAAUAUAAAUCGGCCAGCCCCAAAUAUUAGUCAUUUACUACUCAAAUUUGAUUUGGAUUCACCUGUGGAGCAUACAGUACUGCAACCAAAAUUUCAUUACAGUUGCUUAAAGGUUAUUCUUGAUAUCUUGGAAAAUCUUUCUAAACCAGACAUUAAUGCAUUGCUGCAUGAAUUUGGUCUUCAGCUCUUGUAUGAAUUAUGCUUGGAUCCAUUGACUUGUGGUCCUACAAUGGAUCUGUUGAGCAAUAAAAAGUAUCAGUUCUUUGUGAAGCACUUGGAUACAAUUGGUGUUGCUCCACUUCCUAAAAGAAAUAUUAACCAGGUCCUACGUAUUAGUUCUCUCCAUCAGAGAGCAUGGCUCUUGAAACUUUUGGCGUUGGAAUUACAUGCUGCUGACAUGGCUACUAACACGCACAGAGAAGCAUGUCUGAGUAUUCUUUCUAAGAUUUUAGUGUGGGAUACCAGGGAAUUUGGGACACACACCGAUAUAUUUCAUUCUCUUCCCUUCCACACAAAUCUUGACGGAAGCAAAACUAUCAAUAGGAGGAAGGUGUUGGAGCUGCUUGAAGUUGUCCAGUUCCGAUCUCCCGACACUGCCAUGAAAUACUCACAAGUAGUUUCCAAUUUAAAAUGUGACUUGCAGGUUGAAGAGAUACUUGCCAAUCCUGCAACAUCGGACAAGGGUGGUGUUUAUUAUUACUCAGAACGUGGUGAUCGCUUGAUUGACCUUCCUACAUUCCGUGACAAGCUCUGGCAGAAGUGCAACUUUGUUAAUCCCCAGUUGAGCUCCUUUAGCAGUGAAGUUGAAUUUAAUGAUCUAAGAGAGACAAUCCCUCAGUUGCUGAGGUGGGGAUGGAGAUACAAUAAAAACCUUGAGGAACAAGCUGCCCAACUUCAUAUGUUAACUGGCUGGUCUCAGAUUGUGGAGGUUUCUGUAUCUCAAAGGAUGUCAUGUUUUGAAAAUCGAUCUGAAAUUCUGUUCGAGGUACUAGAUGCUUCUCUGAGUGCUUCUGCAUCUCCAGACUGUUCUUUAAAGAUGUCAAUAAUAUUGAGUCAGGUUGCACUCACAUGCAUGGCCAAACUACGCGAUGAAAGAUUCUUAUGCACUGGUGGUGUGAAUUCUGACAAUAUCACGUGUCUUGAUAUUAUCUUAGUAAAACAAUUACCAAAUGGGGCUUGCCAGUCCAUAUUGUUGAAGCUUAUCAUGGCAAUUCUAAGACAGGAAUCGUCAGAAGUCCUGAGAAGGCGCCAAUAUGCGCUACUUUUGAGCUACUUCCAGUAUUGUCGGCAUAUGCUUGAUCCAGAUGUCCCAGCAUCCGUACUACAGUUUUUGCUGCAUGAAGAACAAGUUGGAGAAGAGGAUCUGGACCUCCAGAAGAUCGACAAAGAACAAGCAGAGUUAGCACAGACUAACUUUUCUAUACUAAGGAAAGAGGCUCAGGCUAUCCUGGAUCUGGUAACAAAGGAUGCUAUCCGAGGAAGUGAAGCUGGAAAGACAAUAUCACUCUAUGUUUUAGAUGCAUUUAUCAGUAUUGAUCGAGAAAGAUUUUUCUUGAAUCAACUUCAAAGCAGGGGGUUUUUGAGGUCAUGCUUUUCGGACAUUAGCAAUAUGUCCUAUCAGGAUGGUUGGCGAUCAUUGGAUUCAUUGCAGCGAUUGUGCACUCUUGAGGCUGAAUUUGCUCUGCUCCUGAGAAUUAGUCACAACUAUGGGAAACCUGGUGCACAGGUUCUAUUUUCCAUGGGUGCCUUGGAACAUCUUGCUUCAUGCAAGAUUACUGGUCUGCCAAUGAAGGGAAGUUUUAGGCGGGUAGACACUAAGGUUGGCCGAGAUAUAGCUGUAGAGAUUGAUAAGCAACGGAUGGUUAUAGUGCCCAUUUUGAGAUUGGUUUCUUCGUUGACAUCAUUGGUGGAUACGUCUGAUUUCUUUGAGGUGAAGAAUAAAGUUGUCCGUGAGGUCAUAGAUUUUGUAAAGGGACAUCAGUUGCUCUUUGAUCAACUUCUUAGGGAAGACGUUUCUAUAUCUGAUGAGUUGACUUUGGAGCAAAUUAACCUUGUCGUUGGUAUACUUAGCAAGGUUUGGCCAUAUGAAGAGAAUGACGAGUAUGGUUUCAUUCAAGGGCUUUUUGGCAUGAUGCGUGUUCUUUUUUCUCGUGAUGCCGAGUCCUUUAGUUUUGCCCAAUCAGUACGACCUCUUGAGGACCAAAGGAAGUUGGAGUUGAUUUUGUUUCGGCUAUGCUCUAGUCUGAGCUCUUACCUUUAUUUUCUGGUCACAAAGAAGUCCCUCCGGCUUCAGGUCUUAGAUGCUAGUGAUCUUCAUGUGUCUGCUGGACAGCAACAGCCCACAUUGAGUUCACUUGUUUGUCUUCUUAAUUCUGUUACAAUGGCUCUUGAGAGAGCUGCUGAGGAAAAAUCCUUACUGUUGAACAAGAUUCAAGACAUUAAUGAAUUAUCAAGGCAGGAGGUUGAUGAAAUUAUUAAUAUGUGCACACGACAAAAUUGUGUCUCAUCAUCUGACAAUAUUCAGAAAAGGAGGUACAUUGCAAUGGUAGAAAUGUGCCAGGUUGCUGGCAAUAGGGAUCAGCUUAUUUCUCUACUCCUAACGCUUGCAGAGCACGUUCUCAAUAUUAUUCUUAUCCAUUUCCGGGACAGUGCUACCAUUCCUGAAUCUAGAGAAAAUACAAAAAUGAUUACACACAGUUCCUAUGAUGAAUCCAGACUGGACACAUCCUCAUUAUGUGGAAAGUUACUUCCAAUUAUAGAGAGACUUGAAUCACUAAGUGAGGGUAAAACGGGCCACAAUCUGAAGGUGUUCCGUAGAUUAGUGACUUCACUCAAGGAAGUGACAAUUCAACAUCUGUCUCUCUCAGAAAUUUAUUGACGUAAUUUGAGAUAAACUUGAGGUCGCAUAAAGUUGACAUAGUUAUGUAAAUCUGUAUCAUUACUAAAUUCAAAAUGCUGGUAUGUACUCGAAAGGUGUAAGUAUCUACAGCUUGAAAAUUUCUUGGUGUUAUAUUUAUGCAAUCCAUUUAGUUGAAAACCAUAAGAAAAGCACAUUUGAUAUUGGAUGCGUGAUAACCUGAAACUAUUCUCAUGCGUCCUGUUUCUC